UUUGAAUCGUCAUCUCCAAAAAUUGUGAAAUUGGACACCUAAGAGUAUAUUCUAACCCUUUCUUAGAACUCUCCUUUACAUUGUUUCCCGAUCGAAAUGUAGGACCAGAGUCAGAUCACACCCGCUCGUUUUAAUCUUAAAUGGAUAUUGCAUGUAAUGUCAACCCUUACAGGAAUCCGACACCACAAUAAUUAAACGGGAUAUGCACCGAGGGCUCAACUGGUGGCGCAUUGGAUGUAGGAAGCGGUCGUAUUUCCCCUGCUGCAGAAGGGUGAAGGAUGGAGGGAGAGACGGAGAAGGAGACAGCGGAGGAGAAGGAGAGUGAUGAGACACAGCCGUUUGCUGGGGAAGGGGCAGGGCGACUUCGUCAGAAUGGAGAGUCCUCUGAGGACGACCAGGACCUACCCAUCAUGCACUGGGAAGACCUGAGCCUGAGGAUCGCUGAACUGGAGAAACAGGAGGAGGAGAGGAGAGAAAGGGCAAAGAGUACGAGUGGGUCGGAACAGGGGAGUGUGUCAGGGGGCUGGGCGGAAGAGAGGCAGGGUGGGCUGUGGAGGAAAGAUGAAUGGGAGGAUGAGGAGGACUACGGAAGAUGUCGAGUCACGGUCGUCUCGUCUAGAUUCCACAACCAAAAAAAUCUACAGUUAUGCUACAUCAACAACAGUGAGAGUGAGGAUGAGGAGGGGGCUGUCAAAGAAGGUUCUAUAGGACCAGGUAGCUAUGGUUACCACCCCUCUGGCCUGAAGUUGGAAGUGAGGGCCGCGCUGAGUGCGCUCAAAAACAAGCUGUUAGCUGAACAGAAAGAGGAGCACCUUGCCUGCAGUAGUGUGAUCACUAAGAGGACGCAUCUGGAACGCUGUGAUCUGCAGACCUGCUCAAUACAGCAGCUCAACUCCCUCAGGACCUCACUCAACCACGACAUACACGACCUGAGCUCAGAGUUGGUGGGUCACCUGUUGAUAAGGGACCAGCUGAGAACCAAACAGGACGCCAUGCUCCUGGACGUACAGGAUCUGACAUAACCCUUACCCACAGGUGCACAGGACAGGAAGACAUUGUGCUCAACAGUGGAUAAAGUGAUGCUGUCCAAGAUAUGCCACUAUGAGACUGUCAGAAGUGUUGCCAUAAUAUCCUACUUAACAUAUGAUUCUUCUAUAAAAAGGAGAAAUGUUGAUGAACACUAAUGAGCACCAUCUUGGACCGGCAUCAUAAUGCUAUCCACAUUACACAGGCAUGGUACGGAUGCUCAGCUAUGAAAAGCCAACUGACAUUUACUUCUGAGGUACUGACCUGUUGCACCCUCUACAAUCACUGUGAUUAUUAUUGGACCCUGCUGGUCAUCAAUGAAUGUUUGAACAUCUUGAAGAACAAUCUGGCCUUAAAUGGCCAUGUACUCUUAUAAUCUCCACCCGGCACAGCCAAAAGGGGACUGGCCACACCUCAGAGCCUGGUUCCUCUGUAUGUUUCUUCCUAUGUUCCUGCCUUUCUAUGGAGUUUUUCCUGGCCACCAUGCUUCUACAUCUGCAUUGCUUGCUAUUUGGGGUUUUAGGCAGGGUGUCUGUAUCUACUUACAUCUACUGAUGUAAAAAGGGCUUUAUAAAUACAUUUGAUGGAUAACUUUCUCCUCAUCACCCCCCCUGAUCUCGAACAGCAUAAUCUUCAUUAUCAUCAUUAGUGGAGAGAGUACUGUAUUAGGACUUAUUUUGAUGUACGCAUGCACGUAAUUACCAAAAAACAUUUCAUAUCAGAAAGAGGAGUUUAAGCCAUUUGUGAUGUUUGAAACAUUUCUAAUAUCUGACUCCUAGUCCAUUGCCAGUGGUAAGAAAAAUAAUAUUUUUCUUGGGAGAACCUUCAGACGGAGAAUCUUCACAGCCAUAGUUUAAACCAUUUACAUAUCUGAGGGAUACCAGAUUUUCCACAAGUUUCAUUGUGUAAAAAUUGCAAUAUCCUUGACUUAAUAAUGUAAGGGAAUUUUACACUUAACAGCCUGUGUAAAACAAGCUAAGGGGUUACAUAUUCAGGCUAAAGGGAGCUGUCCUGUAACAAUUUGGUGGAGAAGCUUCUUUGUUUCUAAUUUAGGAGAAUUAUCCUCUUGUAUAGUUGCUGAUGUAAGGGAAUUGUCCACUUAUAUUGCCUAUAAGCCUUUGGGUAUUGACAUGUAUGUUGACUCUUGUGAUAUACCUAGGUGGUUUGCGUCCAUAACUAUAACCACUAUCAGCAUAGGAAACCACAAAGCUGCUAUUGUGUGAUUCCAUGUGAGCAAAGCCCCAAAAUAAUUUUGUAUCUCAGAUUGUUCUGGCAUUUAUCACAUAGAAACGUCAUUGGGAAGAUGAAUGUUUGAUAGGCUUUUUACAUUUGUGACACACACCAUUUUUUGGAAAAUGAUUAUAGUGGUCAUUUUAGGCCCUUUUUAGAAAUAUUGUUUAUAACAAUAUACUCUACAAGUACAUCAGCGUUCCAGAGUGGGCUCUCUGCUACUUUUAAAGUUAUAAACAAUUUUAUGAGCACCAUCAACACAGUGAAAGGAAAAAUUGAUUCAAAAGGAACUGUGAUAGGUCCUUCCUUAACCAAUGUCAAUUUCUAUGUAUUAAAUUGAUAAUUUCUUCAAAAUUAGCAGAGCCCACCUUCGAAAUAUGUGUUUGAAGAGUAUAUUGUUGUAAACAAGAUGCCUAAAAAUAAGCUAAAUCAAAAAUGGUACCUUUGAGAUGUUGAUAAUAUUUUUAAUGUUGAAUACAUUAAUGGGAUUUUUGUUUUUCAGAAUACAGCCGUAAUCCAUAUUUUAAAGCACACUAUAAGGAGUACAAUUACACCAAGAUGGCUGUACCGUGUACGUUUCACAGUUUAUAGGGUCUAAAAGAGCCUAAAAUGGCCACAUUCAUCAUGAUUUUCAAAAAAAAUGGUUUGUGAUACAAUGUAUAAGGCACGUUAAACAUCCUUCAUCUCAAUUAAGUUUUUAUGUGAGAAUUGCCAGAACAUUUUGAGAUACUCUAAAAAUAAAUUGGGCCAUGCUGGAGUGGAAUUGCCUUGUUCCAUUCAUUAUGUCUAGGUAAAAGAGAUUUUCCUGACCAUGUGACCUCACCAGUAGCAAACACCAGGCUCUAGUUACUGACCCCCUCUUUCCUGUUCAAGUCAUAUAGUCAGGAAAAACUCCUGGCCAUAUGACCUAUUGUGCCUUGUCAGGCAAUUAUUAUAUGUCGUACUUUCACAAUCUUGUGUAUUUGUAGGUUGAUGGAAGAAUGAACUGUGAUAGCAGAUUCAUAGCUAUGGGAAGGGGAUGAGUGCCCUGAAGUAACAUUUAACUUUUUUGUCUCUGAAGUAUUUUUCAGUAUUUACUUUAAAAAAUUAUUUUGCAUUCAUUAAACCUUAGUUAUUUCA